GAAGUUGUAGAAAAACGUUGACAAAAGAGCAUUGAACUCACCUAUUAAAAACUGGUGUUAAAUUUCAAAAAGCUCACAGAUUUCUUGCAACAACAAUGGCAGCAGCAACAAGGUACGCAGUUGUCACAGGAGCAAACAAAGGGAUAGGAUUUGGGAUUUGCAAGCAAUUGGUUUCUAAUGGUGUCACUGUGGUGCUAACAGCAAGGGAUGAAAAAAGGGGUACUGAAGUUGUUGAAAAACUGAAGGAGUUUGGUGUGUCUGACCAAGUGGUGUUUCAUCAGCUUGAUGUGACUGACCCUAAAAGCAUUGAAUCCCUUGCAAAUUUCAUCAAAACCCAUUUUGGGAAACUUGAUAUCCUGGUAUGA